CCAGCAGCACAAAAAAUCGGUUUAUAGCGGUCGGGUUUUCACCCGUCAAAAUACCUCUCUUCGUCAAAAUCCCUAAAAUUUUCCCCAAAUUCUCAUCUAUAGUCAGCUCUGCAGAGCAGAAUAGGUGAAGAUGAUCAAUACAGUGCUGACCUUGAGUUUAUGUUAGCUCGUUUAGGCUUAUUCCCAAAUGGUUACAUAUGAAACCCGGAAUAAGAUGGCGAGAUAUCACGACAAAUCGCUGGAAUUCUUUUCAGUUCUGCCGGAAUCUGUGAUUCAUCAUAUACUGUCGUUUCUUCCCUUCAAACAUAUUGGUCGUACAUCUGUGUUGUCAAAGGCUUGGAAUCGCAUUUGGUUGAAUUACCCUAACAUCCAUUUGGUAUUGCACGAGGCGCUCUACAAGCGUACGCAUCCUCUACGACGCCCUUUCUUAGAUCAUGUUCUAAUGUCCUUUGAUCAAUGUUUGUUUUGAAAAGCAUGCGUACACAAAAUGCAUAUAAACAUCUCUGUCUUUGACCUAGAAAGAUAUUCCCCCAUUUUGGGCCAGAUGUUCAGGGCAGCCAUUGAGAGGAAUGUUUCUGAGCUAGUGAUUAAGAUUCGAUGUUAUAAACCCAUCUUCUGGUAUUCUGUCCCCGCGGAAGUAGUUCUUUCUCAUCCACUAAAGGUUUUAGAGCUUGUAUGGUGUACCUUAGGAGAUCGGAUUGCCAACUUCGAUCUUGCACAUCUCCAGAAGUUCAAGAUAUGUAGUUGCCGAUUUGCCAACGAGGAUGGAUUGUCUAGGAUCAUAUGCGGCUGUCCUAAGAUCGAGUUUCUGGAAGUUUUCUGUCCAUUCCUAGUAAGUCUAGAUUGAAAUCUUUUAAAAUUGUGUGUAAUUUAGAGCCCAAGAGAAUUAGAAUCUUUGCACCAAGUCUUGAAACAUUAUAUAGUUUUGGAAUAAAACCGUGUUCCAUUGACUUUGCUUGUUGCACUCGUCUAAAACGUUUGGGAUUGGGUGGAGAUAUUGAUUCUGCUGAUUUUGUUCAUAUUCAAAAAUUUUUGUCUAAACUUUGCUAUAUUGAAGAAUUUAAACUUCUUUGCUACCGAGGGCUCGACAAAUUCCAGAUCUCAAGUUCACGCCUCAAGCGAUUAAUUAUUGAAGGUAUCAGUAUUUUUCCUGGUGCUGAAAUUGACACCCCAAAUUUACUAAGCCUAGAGUUCGUUUCUUCGUGGGAAUGUAGUUCGAAUCUCUGGUUCUGUUCCUGGAAUUUUCCCAAGCUAGAAGAAUUUCACAUGGCACUUUCUGUUGAGAACUUUCAGAGUGCUUGCAGGGGUGGAGUAAAGGGGUUCCUUAUGAAAUUACGAAAUUAUGAAGGUUUGAAAUUGCUUAUCCAGUGGCUACAUGAUGAAGGGGGGGAUUUCAUUAUGCAUGAAAAACUACAUGCGGUUCCCUUUUCUGCUCUCAAUAAAUUCUUAAAAAGGGUAAAGCCCACAUAUGUCAUCAUAUCAUCCAGAAGAGAUGAAUCUCUUUUCACUAACAUGUUGGGUAAUUGGAAAGGCAAAACAAACCUUUCCUUGAUAUCUUCUUCCCGCCGAAACAUAGAGGUGUUGCACCAGAGACUGAGCAUUGAUGAGAGCAUAAUGUGUUCAUAUAGUGAGUGUAAGUUGGUUCCUAUUGAAGAAGUAAAGCAUAAAAAGGACCCUGUUUUUAAAUCCUUUCUGAGGAUGCAAUCGAAAAAUGGUUACCAUUGUGCUGGAAUAAUCUUCAUCAAGUGAAGUUUGCAACUUAAUCUUUACCAAAAAAAGAGGGCAAAUUCUUUCGUGGUGUUUAAGUUCAUGCUCGUUUUAUAAACUCUAGUACAUAAAAUCAUUGACUACAGUGGACCUUCUUUAGAGAACCAAUUAUGGAUCCAUGGAUAAAAAUAGUUUGGAGCUUCUCUCCCUAUGCUGUAUCUUAUUGGCCAAGUACUGUAGAGUUAGGCAUUAGUUCAAUUGAAUUGAAAAUUUUUGUCCAUAGAAUACUUUCUUAUUUGCUUUUAGCAUGAAUGAAAUCAACUUAUAUUGUCAAAAAUUUAUCUAGAAAUGAAUACAAGUAUGGAUU